UUUGUGGAAAUACAAGUGACCUUUGCUAGAAUCUGUAGAUGUCUUCACAAGAACCUGCAGGUGGAUGGUUCGCUACUGUUAGAAUCGAAGAUAAAUCCAAAUACUGCAUAUCAAAAACAGCAGGACACCCUGAUUGUUUGGUCAGAAGCAGAAAACUAUGAUUUAGCACUGAGUUUUCAAGAAAAAGCUGGCUGUGAUGAAAUUUGGGAAAAAAUCUGCCAGGUUCAAGGUAAGGAUCCUUCAGUGGAAGUCACGCAGGACCUUAUUGAGUCAGAAGAGGAACACAUAGAAGAAAUGCCUGAAACUAGUCCUUUGAUCGACCUUCCUACUUGUGAACUCAACAAACUUGAAGAGAUUGCUGACCUAGUUACCUCUGUUCUCUCCUCACCCAUCCGUAGAGAAAAGCUAGCGCUGGCCUUGGAGAAUGAAGGCUACAUUAAAAAACUAUUACAGCUUUUCCAAGUCUGCGAGAAUUUAGAGAACACCGAAGGCUUACAUCAUUUAUAUGAAAUUAUUAGAGGAAUUUUGUUCCUCAACAAAGCAACUCUGUUUGAGGUGAUGUUUUCUGAUGAGUGUAUUAUGGAUGUUGUUGGAUGCCUUGAGUAUGAUCCUUCUUUGGCUCAGCCAAAACGGCACAGGGAGUUCUUGACCAAAACAGCAAAAUUUAAGGAGGUUAUUCCUAUAACAGACUCUGAACUCAGGCAAAAAAUCCACCAGACUUACAGGGUACAGUAUAUUCAGGACAUCAUCUUGCCGACACCAUCUGUUUUUGAAGAGAAUUUUCUUUCUACCCUCACUUCCUUUAUUUUCUUCAACAAAGUUGAGAUUGUCAGUAUGUUGCAGGAAGACGAGAAAUUUUUGUCCGAAGUUUUUGCACAAUUAACAGAUGAAGCUACGGAUGAUGACAAACGAUGUGAACUGGUUAACUUCUUCAAGGAAUUCUGCGCGUUUUCUCAGACGUUACAACCUCAGAACAGAGAUGCAUUUUUCAAAACUUUGGCAAAGUUGGGAAUUCUUCCAGCUCUUGAAAUUGUAAUGGGAAUGGAUGAUCUGCAAGUUAGAUCUGCUGCUACAGAUAUAUUUUCUUAUCUAGUAGAAUUUAGUCCAUCCAUGGUCCGAGAAUUUGUAAUGCAAGAGGCCCAGCAGAGUGAUGAUGAUAUCCUCCUCAUCAAUGUGGUCAUUGAGCAGAUGAUCUGCGAUACUGACCCCGAACUUGGGGGAGCUGUUCAGUUAAUGGGGCUCUUGCGUACUCUGAUAGAUCCAGAGAAUAUGUUGGCCACAGCUAAUAAAACAGAAAAAAGUGAAUUUCUUAAUUUCUUCUACAACCAUUGUAUGCACGUUCUUACUGCACCGCUUCUGGCGAAUACAUCAGAAGAUAAAUGUGAAAAAGAUGCAGUAGUUGGGUCCACUAAGAGUAAUACAAUUUGUCCUGAUAAUUAUCAAACGGCGCAACUGCUUGCCUUAAUUUUGGAGCUGCUUACUUUUUGUGUGGAACACCACACGUAUCACAUCAAGAAUUACAUUAUGAACAAAGAUCUGCUAAGAAGAGUACUGGUCUUGAUGAACUCGAAACACACGUUUCUGGCCUUGUGUGCUCUUCGCUUUAUGAGGAGGAUAAUUGGCCUAAAAGAUGAAUUUUAUAACCGUUAUAUCACCAAGGGAAAUCUGUUUGAACCAGUUAUAAAUGCCCUGUUGGAUAAUGGAACUAGGUACAACCUGCUCAACUCUGCUGUGAUUGAGCUGUUUGAAUUCAUCAGAGUGGAAGAUAUUAAGUCCCUUAUUGCACAUAUAGUUGAAAACUUUUACAAUGCACUUGAAUCUAUCGAAUAUGUUCAGACAUUCAAGGGACUGAAGACAAAAUAUGAGCAAGAAAAAGACCGACAAAACCAGAAACUGAACAGCGUUCCGUCUAUACUGCGUAGCAAUAGAUUUCGCAGAGAUGCAAGAGCCUUAGAGGAGGAUGAAGAAAUGUGGUUCAAUGAAGACGAAGAGGAAGAAGGUGAAGCUGUUGUGCCUCCGGUUGAGAAGUCGAAACAGGAGGACGAUUUUCCAGAUAGCUAUGAAAAAUUUAUGGAAACUAAAAAAGCUAAGGAGAGUGAAGACAAAGAGAAUCUUCCAAAAAGGACUUCAGCUGGGGGAUUCAAAUUCACUUUUUCCCACUCAGCCAGCGCAGCCAAUGGUGCAAACGGUGCAAACAGUAAAUCCGUGGCAGCUCAGACGUCACCAGCAAGCUCCAACGGCUCCUCCUCAAAGAACGCAACCCUGACCACGGCGGUGACGGCCACGAAGGGAAGUCUAGUUGGCCUAGUGGAUUAUCCUGAUGAUGAAGAUGAUGAUGAAGAGGAGGAGACAUCUCCAAGGAAAAGACCUCGCCUGGGUUCAUAAAUGAAACCAAAACUUUGGAAUAAAAACUUUUUAUUAUGGGGUUUCAAAUGCUGCAACUGUUUUAAGAGCUAAAAAGAAUCCGAUUCAGAAAGCUUUCUCCCAUGGGUAUAGAAGAUAAUACAAGGAGUAGCAAAAGAAACUCGGUGUGUCAGCUAGAAAGGGUUAGUUCUGUAAACACAAAGCUUCCAAGGAACUUAAUAUCUUUCUAGUAAGUAAGAAGUCUGCCAUUCAGGCUGUCAAAAAAUGUAAAAAUUUAAAAAAAAAAAAAAAAAAAAAAAAGGUGGGUUAGUAUUCACAGAACCUGGAUGAUGGCUUCUCAGCAAGGAAAGUCUCAGGUGUCGGGAGGGCAGGGGGAGGGAAAGGUAUGGUAAACACUUUUUUAAAAAUAUUGCAGGGUUUCCCCAGUGUUUAACAGAACUAGGAAAAAAAACAAAACAAAACAAAAAUUCAAGCUUAAAUUUUGAACCCAGUAAUCUUAAUUUUGUACUGGUGCUGUCAGUUGUGUUCCUUUAGCGAUGCCUCUUUUUAAAAAAUGUUAAGGGAGAACUCACUCUGUCUGCAUAAGAACAAUCCAGAUUUGGGGACCAUUUCUUACCAUGUAAAUGGCGUUUCUCGCGGUUGGAGGGAGGGACGCCGCAGUUACAGUGCAUGUUGAGUUGUUUAAAAGAGUUUCAAAGUUUUCAUUUGUGCUUUUCAAGAGGAGAAAAUGGAAGCUGGAUUCAAACCGGAUGGUUUUGCUUGUUUGGGGGUUUGGUUUUUUCUUUUUUUUUUUUUUGAUUCGACAUCCAGUAAUAUCUAUGCCAAGGAAUGCUCGCUUCCCAAAUGUCUCCGGGAGCUGCUUGUGUCCGCGUGGCGCUGUACACGGCGCACCCGAAAAGCUGGCGGCUUCACGCUGUGGCGGGUGCCGAAUUGGAAUGGCUUCCCGUGGGGUCCAGCGAGCUGCCUCUUCCCGCAGCAGCGAGCCAUUUCCCCCAUGUGCGUCGUCGAGGCGGUAAUAAGAAACACUAACAGGUUUUUUUCAUAGUGAUGAAUUUAGCGGCGGUUUAACACCAAAGUCACUUUGGACCAAGAGGGAAUUGUUACUAACGGAACACGGAUCUGUGAGGCAGGCCCAACAAGCAGCACCGGAACCUGGGUGUAAUGCAAAAGCUGCUUUUAAAAAAAAAAAAAAAAAAAAAAAAAAA